AUGAGCCUGGUGUGGAAGCUCAUCUAUGACUUCAAGUGCGUGGUGGAUGGUGGUGUUCAAGUUGCAAAAGCGUCUGGAAAGCUUUUGAGCACUCGAUCUUUUCAAUGCCUAACGGAGCAGAAUUACAUCCCUUCUAUUAUCAACGAGCUUACUAAAGAAUCACCUAUUUAUCAACUCGCUAAGCUCAAAUCCAAUAGCGUGAAAGGAGUUAGAAGCGAUGAUUGGAUAGUCUCGCAAAAUAGUAAAGAUAUCUUUCAAAUUGCUAAAGACAAGUCAAUCCAGGCCAAAGCGCAGCAAAAAAUUGGUGGGGUAAACAAAGGUCUUGGUAAAAGAGCUUUCUCAACAUUUGGUGCCAUUAGAAAGCAGAAAGAUGAAGAUUAUGGUAAAAAAACAAUAGUUAUUGGCACAAAGCAAAAGCCACAAUUUGAAAUGGAAAGCUCUGCGGUUCCUAGCACAAGAUUGGGUAGAAUUUUCCACUAUGGUAGUUUGGCCGCAAGCGUGAGUAUGGGGGCUGCCUCCGAAGGUAUCAAAAGAUUUGCAUCUGGUUCGAAUGAUAACUCUUCAUUAUUUCUAACUCCUAGAAAUGUCGAAAGAAUCGCCAAAAGCUUGAGUAAAAUGAGAGGUGCCGCCUUGAAAGUUGGUCAAAUGUUGUCGUUUCAAGAUGCCUCCUUUUUGCCAAAAGAAUUCCAGCGGAUCUUAUUAAGAGUUCAAAACAGUGCUCAUUACAUGCCUCCUAACCAAUUGGAAAAAGUUAUGCUGUCUGAAUUGGGGGAAAAUUGGAGGGGAAGAUUCUUUGCAUCAUUUGAGGAUGUUCCGAUGGCUGCCGCUUCCAUUGGUGAAGUGCAUGAAGCUGUCACCAGGGAAGGACAUACUCAAGUUGUUGUUAAAGUUCAGUAUCCCGGUGUUAUUGACAGUAUUGACUCUGAUUUAAAUAAUAUAUUGAUUUUGCUAACCGCUUCCAGAAUUUUACCAAAGGGGCUAUUUUUGGAUAAGUCCAUUGCUAAUGCACGUACUGAAUUGAAGUGGGAAUGUGACUACAUAAGGGAAGCGCAAAAUCUCGUUAGAUUUAGAGAAUUGUUGAUGGAUGACCCGGUAUUCACUGUGCCAAAGGUUUUCCACAAUCUCAGCGGUCAACAUGUGCUUACUAUGGAGAAAAUGAAAGGUACGGAAAUCGCCAAAGGUGACUGGGACCAAGAUACCAGAAACUGGUUAGCUUCUAACAUAAUGAGAUUAUGCCUUAAAGAAAUCGGAGAAUUCAGAUUUAUGCAGACAGAUCCAAAUUGGGCCAAUUUUUUGUAUAACGAAAAAGAAAGAACUAUUGAGUUAUUAGAUUUUGGUGCAUCCAUCGAAUAUAGCAAAGAGUUCAUCUCCAAUUAUGUGAAUCUUUUGAGGAGUGCUGCCAAGAGAGAUAGGGAAGGUGUCUUACAUUACAGUAAACUCUUAGGCUACUUAACGGGAAUGGAGACUCCAGCAAUGACCAAGGCCCAUGUUGAUUCAAUUCUUGUUCUUGGGGAGCCAUUUUCACCAAGUCUUAAUAAGGGCAAAGAAUAUAACUUCUCAUCACAGACAGUCACUGAUAGAGUUAGAGGUAACAUUGGUUUGAUGUUAAAUGAGAGGUUGUCGCCACCCCCAGAGGAAACCUAUAGCUUACAUAGAAAGUUUAGCGGAGUUUUCCUUCUUUGCGCUAGAUUGAAGGCUACUGUUCCAUGUGAGGAGCUUUUUGAAGAGAUUCUUGGUUUUGAAGAAAAAUAG